UCACUCAUUCACUCGAUCGGCGUGAGUGGGAAGAGGACUUGGACGGCCGCUGACGGCUUUUUUUUUUUACUUUUCUUUUCUUUUUUUUGGGUAGGGGAAACGUCCGUCAACACCAGUCGGGCGGCGAGCCGCGAGCGCGACUUUUCCUCACUUUCUUCCUCACGGCGCCACACUCCGGGCUAGCAUCGCAGGCUAGCUGCUAGCUGUUGAGCGUGGCUCGCCUGGCACCUCAUUAGCCGUCAACGUCGGUGGCGUCCGCACGUCCGCCGCAUCCGGACGAGAGCACAGCAAGCAGAGGCCGGUGCUCCGCCAAGUGGCGCCUGCCUGCGUCGAUUCGUUUGACGCCAUCACAGCCAUCUGCCUCCGAGCCCUUCGCCUCCCGAAACGCUGGACAUCCACAAGCGGCCGGGGAGCGGCGAACCGCCGGCGAAGCUGGGGGUGCUCUCUUUACCCGACCCGCGCGGAGUCGGAGCGGCUUCAGAGAAGCACGACCGUGCGGAGCUCCCGGCGAGUAUGGACGGGCUGGCCGUGGAAGUUCGCGGCUCGAACGGGGCCUUCUAUAAGGGGUACAUCAAGGAUGUCCACGAUGACUCGCUCACCAUCGUUUUUGAAAACAACUGGCAGCCAGAGCGACAGCUGCCCUUCAGCGACGUGCGCUUGCCGCCUCCGGCCGACUACAACAAGGAAAUUGGCGAAGGAGAGGAGGUGGAGGUUUACUCUCGGGCUAAUGAACAGGAGCCGUGCGGCUGGUGGCUGGCCCGGGUGCGAAUGAUGAAAGGAGAGUUUUACGUGAUCGAAUACGCGGCGUGCGACGCCACCUACAAUGAGAUUGUGACAGCGGAACGCAUCAGGCCCCUCAACCCCAACAGCCCUUCCUCGCGAAAUUCUUUCCACAAAGUCACCAUCCCCGUCCCCGAGGACCUGCGGGACAUCUGCGCGGGCGACAACGUUCAUAAAGACUUCCGCAAAGCUAUCGAUGCCAACUGCAUCUUCUUUAGUGCCCAAACAAACGAGCUCAUUGUGCUGUCAACAAAUGAUGCCACAAUCAAGCGCGCCAGCCUUCUCAGCGACAUGCAUUUCCGCAGCAUCCGUACGAAGCUGAUGCUGAUGUCCCGCAACGAGGAAGCCACCAAACAUUUGGAGACGAGCAAGCAGUUAGCUUCGGCGUAUCAGGAGGAGGUUCGCGUCAGAGAGGACCUGAUGGGCCUCGCCAUCGGCUCUCACGGGGCAAACAUCCAGCAGGCCCGCAAAGUGCCCGGCGUCACCGCGAUCGAGCUGGAAGAAGAGAGUUGCACUUUCCGGAUCUACGGCGAGACUCCGGAGGCGGUGAGGCAGGCAAGAGAGUAUCUUGAGUUCAAGGAAGACUACUUUCAGGUACCCAGGAACCUCGUUGGCAAAGUCAUCGGCAAAAACGGCAAAGUCAUCCAGGAGAUCGUGGACAAGUCGGGCGUGGUCCGUGUCAGGAUCGAGGGAGACAACGACAAAAAGCUUCCUCGCGAGGAGGUAGGCAGGCAGGGGGCAGGCAGGGACGACACUGCCGGCGGCAAAGAGGGAAUGGUUCCGUUCGUGUUUGUGGGGACAAAGGAGAACAUAAGCAACGCGCAGGCUCUGCUGGAGUACCACGUGUCUUACCUCCAGGAGGUGGAGCAGCUGCGCCUCGAACGUCUCCAAAUUGACGAGCAGCUCCGGCAGAUCGGCGUGGGCUACCGCGCCCCUCAGAACCGAAGCGCGCCCGCCGGGGCCGACCGAGAACGAGGCUACCUGACGGACGAGAGCAGCAACUCGCUCCACGCUUCCCGCACCUACGGAGGGCGCAGCAGGGGACGCAGGGCCUCCAACGGCGUGUACUCGGGAUACGGCACAAACUCUGAACUGUCCAACGCCUCGGAGUCCGAGGACCUAAACGAGCGCGACCAGCGGCCCCGGGGCGUCGGCGGAGAGGAGCGGAGUUCCAGACGGGCCGGUCGGGGCAGGGGCGCCAACUCUGGACGAGGACGCGGCGGGCUGGCGUCGAAAGCGCCCAACACGAUCAGCUCAGUGCUGAGGGACCCGGACAGCAACCCUUACGCCCUACUCGACGGCGAGGGGGAGCCCGCCGACGUCGGCGAAGGCGCGGGAGACCGCCGCAGGCGCUCCCGUCGCCGCCGGAACGACCAAGAGCCCAGCGUGAUGGACGCCGCGACUGAGUCCGACGGCCAGGCCGGGCCGAGUGAAAACGGACUGGAUGAAGAGGCCCGACCUCAACGCCGCAACCGAAGCCGCCGCCGCCGCAACCGCGCCGGUCGCCCCGAGGGAGGCUCCGGCAGCCGCGAUCGGCAGCCGACCGACAGCGUGACCGUCGCAGACUACAUAUCCCGUCCCGAAUCCCAGAGCAGACAGAACCUUCCCUUGAAGGAGAACCACACCGGCCCCGAGCCCAAGGAGAACGGGACCUGCGGCAAAACGGACGAGCAAAGGCCUUCUAAGCGUUCUCCCAGCAAAGGCAAGACGCCAGCCGGCGAGAGCGUAACACUGGUUAACGGCGUCUCGUAAUGGGACCGCCUCGCCCCUCGCGAAACCAAGUCUCGAGCAAGACUCCACGGCAAACUGUCCCUGCUUGCAUUAACUUCAACCUGAAACAAAUGAGUGAAAAGUACCUGACAAAAAUUCCCGAAUACAUACCGAGAGUGGGGGGGAGGAAAAAAAAAAAAAAAAAUGCCGCAUCAACUUCGAAACCCACGGUGUAUGCUAUAUACUAUCUAUUAGUACCUAGUGCUUAUUUAAAAACACACAAAAAAAAAAACAAA